GUUUACAAACGCCGUGAACUGUUGCCAAUUUCUGUGCUUAUAUUUUUAUCUAAUUUGGUUCACUUUUGCUUUCGUCGCAUUUUUCAGUGCACACUGCCGUUUAUUAUCAUUAAGUCGAACUUAUUGAAUAAAAUGAGUUAAUUGAACUGCAACAACAGUUAAUUGUAUGCAAAUAUUAAGAAAAAAGUUGAAUGUUGUUGAGAAAGUUAAAAGAAAUGUUUAAAGUGCGAAAUAUAACAGCAAGAAAUUGCAAAAACCAAUGAACAACAAACACACAUGCAAAUAUACAACUUGCCAAACGUGCAUUGUACUUGCUGGAUAUUUGUAUUUAACAGAGCAGGACGAAUCAAUGAGUCCGUAGAACCGGAAUUACAACACCCACAUAUAAGUGGUACAUUGCGACUAUAGUUUCUACUAACAAUACAAAAAAGUAAAGCGAUUUUGCCAAACUGGAUAUAUCGAUAAUUUUAUUGCGAAAAAUUUACAACAGCAAAUUAGUCAAACUUUAGCACAUCAUAGGGUGUAGUGCAAUAAAAGGUACUAAGGUCAAAGGGGCGACAAACCAAUGUACUGCUUCGUCGUUAAGCAAAGCGCAAUAAUUUAAUUAAUGGCGAAGGUACUCACUGCGGUGGCAUUGCUGUAUUUGCUCAGUGCGCCGCUGCACUUUGUAUAUGGCACGAAUGUGCUUGCCCUGCUGCCUAGCGUCUGGAAGUCACAUUAUCUGUUUGGCAAACGUCUACUACAACAACUGGUGGAAUUGCAGCCCAACUACUCAGUUACAUUGAUAAGUCCACAUGCCGAAGAGUAUCCAGUGCAGCAGAAAAUACGCGAAAUACGUAUUGAAGGUUUACGUGAGAACUGGGAGGAGAUGGGUUUGCCCUUCGAUGUGGAGCAGUCACGGCAACGCUCAAUUAUGGAGCAUUUUACGCGUUUAAUGUAUGCCGGUGCGACAAAUGUCGAUUUGUUGCUCGGCGAUGAGAAGGUGCGAAAAUUAGUGCGUAGCGGCGAAGAGUUCGAUUUGCUGCUAGUUGAUCUAUUCCUCAGCGAUUCGCUUUUAGGCUUAGCACAUUACUAUCAAAUACCCACCGUUGUAAUCAGUCCCACCGGCGCAAAUACAUGGCUCAAUCAAAUGACCGGAAAUCCACAAAGCUCAGCACGUGAUCCCAGCAUAUUCUUGCCCUAUUCGGAGCGCAUGGGUUUAUGGCAACGUAGUGUGAAUACUCUAAUGGGGCUAUUUGAAAAGUUAACCUACAACUUUUUUUACAUGAUCUCGCAAGAAGCCGUUUACACGAAACACUUUCACACAUUAUGUCAGCUUGCCAACGCUACGUUACCACAUCACCGCGACCUAACCAAGAAUCUUAGCCUCGUUUUAAUUAAUUCACAUCCUAUUGUGCAAUAUCCGCGCGCUUACUUGCCAAAUAUGCUGGAAAUUGCUGGCGCACAUUUGCAGGGCACACAAAAGUCCAACGAACUGCCAGCGCAUAUUGCUUACUUCAUAGAAUCCGCACCAAAGGGCACGGUUUACAUAAGUCUAGGCGCCGAUGCGCGCACCGCAGAUUUGUCGCAUGAAAAACUCGACACACUCUUUGAUGUCAUUACAGACCUAAAGGAUUAUAAUUUCCUAAUCAAGUGGGAGGAAACAAAAUUUUAUACAAAACUACCGAAGAAUGCAAUGAUAGCCGAAUGGUGGCCACAGGAAAGCAUUUUAUCCCAUUCCAAAGUCAAAGUGUUCAUUAGCACUUGUGGUCUCAUGAGUAUUAUCGAAUCCAUAAACGGACUCACACCCAUACUUGCCAUACCGAUUUUCCCGGAGCAGGAAGUGAGCGCGCGUCGCUUACAGCAGCUGGGCAUCGGUCAAAUGAUCUCCUUCGAUGCUUUUAGCUAUGAUGCACUCUCAAUGAAUAUACAAAAGUUGGCCACACAUCGCGCCUAUGCGCAGCAAGUGGCUGAAAUGCGUCUGCUGCUGAACUCCACAUACGGCACUCCCAUUGCCAGGAGCAUACAUUAUAUUGAGCUGAUUUUGAGUAGCGCAGGCGGCGGUGACUUUCUCAAAUCACACGCCAAUGAGUUGAACUUUAUGCGCUCGGAGUUAGUGGAUGUGCUGGCCAUAAUUUUUCUGGGUUUGUUUGUGAUUAUCGCAGUGCCAUUUUUAGUUACCUGUUGUAUACUGCGACGUUCGUACAUCAAUCAGACAGCGCUACAAGCGGCGGCGACUGCUGGUGGUGUUGGCCAUCGUGCGACUUUGAAGGUGAUUGGACGCACCAAUUCGACAAGUGGUGUUGCGGCAGUUACCGAUUCACCGAUUUUGGAUUGGCACCGGCGCAGCAGUGCCGCACAGGCUACGGGUGUACUCAAACCACCAUCGUCGCCUUCGGCUUCGUCUACCGCGUCGAGCAUUUCCGCAGUGUCCACGGCCUCGUCAGCAGCAUCUUCGGUUGGUGGUUCGCCGCAUACACAAAAUGAGCUGGGCGGAGGUGGCGGUGAUGGUGUCACGAAGCGUGAGAAGUUCGCACGACAAGCGGCCAUGAAGUCGUUAUCGCAAAAAACCGAUUAAAAUACUUCGUUUACUACGUAACAAGUUGCAUUCAUACAUAUAGUCUUAAAUUUAAGUAAAAAGAAAUUGCUUCGCGCGUUUAAUUAUAUUUUAUAUAUUUCGCUUUUGUUGGUACUUAAGCUGUUUACACACUCGUGGUGGGGUCACAUGCGCUAAUUGUUGGUGUUAGCCAGUUUUUAGUAUCUUUUUUGUUGUAACGUGUUUUAACGCUGUUUUUAAAGUGUUCUCGUAUAUUAUUUUAAUUUUUGGUUUUUACCCUCGCUUUCAAUAUCACAAAUAUACACAAUUCAAUUGAAAUGUUUUAUUAUAUACGUACUCGUAUUUAUUGUUGUUGCAUAUACAAUUAAUUUAAGCUAAUUAAAUAUAUACAUAUAACUUCAUGUUCGCAAAGUUUGUGUUAGUUUACCCAAAAAAUGAUAAUUAACAAAAAAGAUCA